UUUUUAUGAUCCUUUUUAUUGCUGUUUUUCUAUUCUAAGCUGGUUUUGGAGCUCCCUGCAGUAAACCAGACUGUGGUAGUGUAGAGCAGCUUCCCCGACGUGCCCUUUUUCUCUCCCUGCCUGCUGUCUCUGCCGUUGCUGCUGCUGACAGAAACGUGUUAGGAAAGCAGAAAGAGAAAAUGCCAGCCAUCCUGGUAGCCUCCAAAAUGAAAUCGGGACUACCUAAACCCGUACACAGCGCUGCUCCAAUCCUGCAUGUCCCAACGGCCAGGACCAUCCCACAGCCCUGUUACCUGAAGUUUGGGAACAAGGUGGAGGUGACGAAGCCAUUGUAUUCCAGCCAGAUUCCUCUCAAAUCUUCUAUUGGACAAGAAAACACAGGAGAUGGACUCCCACCAAGGAAGAGUAGCUCGGUAGAAAAUGGAUUUGACACUCAGAUUUAUACUGAUUGGGCUAAUCACUAUCUAGCAAAAUCUGGUCACAAGAGAUUGAUAAAGGACCUACAGCAAGAUGUGACUGAUGGAGUCUUGUUAGCUGAAAUAAUCCAGGUUGUAGCAAAUGAAAAGAUUGAAGACAUCAAUGGCUGCCCCAAAAAUAGGUCUCAAAUGAUUGAAAACAUAGAUGCAUGCCUGAGUUUCCUGGCUGCUAAGGGAAUUAACAUCCAGGGGCUGUCAGCAGAAGAAAUCAGGAAUGGGAAUCUAAAGGCCAUCUUGGGCCUUUUCUUCAGCCUAUCUCGAUACAAGCAACAGCAACAGCAGCCACAGAAGCAACAGCCACAGCACUAUCCGUCCCAGCAACCUCCCCCAGUAUCCCAGCAAGCAGGGCCUCCACCCCCCUGCCAGGUUGGGGUACCCCAGCAGCAGGUACCAGCUUCGCUCCAGACUCCGUGCCAACAGCCCCCUCAAGCUGCACAGCUUCAGUUCAAAGCACAACCAGAAAUGCAGUCCAGUGCAUCUCCCAGGGACUCAUCUCAAAGCAAAAUCAUCCGAUUCACUCUUGGUCAGAAAAAGUCUUCUAGACUUCCAGGCCCCACCACGAGGGUGUCCGCUGCGGGCAGUGAGGCCAAAGCUCGUGGUUCUAUUAGUGCCAACAAUCGACGCAGCCAGAGCUUUAACAACUAUGACAAAUCUAAGCCUGGGCUUCCCCCUCCAACACCAACGAGUAGCAAUGACAAAGAGCCUGCAGACAGUCCAGCCUCCCAGCCCACAGGAAUGAAUGAAAAUGUCUCCUCCUCAGUUCAAAGCUGCAGCAGUACUGUUGGUUGCAAUAACUCCUCAGCCAUUCCUCAGCCCAGCUCUGCUAUUAAACCUUGGCGCAGCAAGUCCCUUAGCGCCAAGCACACAGCGACGUCUUCCAUGUUGUCUGUAAAGCAGCCCCCACCGGAGCCUCCAAAGCCACCCUUGGAAAUGGCCAAAGCAACACCCAACAGUCAAAAAUCCAUGCUGGAAAAAUUGAAACUCUUCAACAGCAAGGGAGGCUCCAAAGCAGGAGGGACAACGCUCGAGGGUCCGGGGUCUCGGGACAACAGUUGUGAAAAGCUAGAGGCGCUUCUCAGCUUCGAGGAGAGCGAAGAAAUCGAAGCCACCAGCCAGAAUGUGAACAAUCCAGGGUCCGUGUCCAGUAGCCCCAAAAUUGCACUCAAGGGAAUUGCACAAAGGACUUUCAGCCGGGCGCUCACUAAUAAGAAAAGUUCUCCAAAGGGUAAUGAGAAGGAUAAAGAGAAACAGAAAGAGAAGGACAAGGAUAAAAGUAAAGACGUUACAAAGAGAACAUCCAUCACUGAAAAGCUGGACCUGAAAGAGGAACCAAAAGAAGAACAGACAGCACUAGCAGCAACAGAGAUGCCAAAAAAGUCCUCCAAGAUCACAAGCUUUAUCCCUAAAGGAGGAAAGCUGAAUAGUGCCAAGAAGGAGGCCUCUGCCCCUUCGCACAGUGGAAUACCAAAACCAGGAAUGAAAAACACCACAGGGAAAUCCUCAAGUGCCCCAGUUCCCGCAAAGGAAGGCGAGAGAAGCCGCAGCGGGAAGGCCGGCUCAGGGCUCUCUCAUCAGAAGUCCCAGCUGGACAGCAGGCAUUCCAGCUCCUCGUCCAGCCUGGCCUCUUCAGAAGGAAAAGGUGCAGGAGGCCUCAACAGCAGCAGCAGCAGCCAAGCUGUCAAUGGCCCCACCGCCACGACACACACCACAGGGAGCAACACUGUGAGUGUUCAGCUACCUCAUCCCCAGCAGCAAUACAGCCACCCCAACACUGCCACCGUAGCUCCCUUCAUGUACAGAUCGCAGACAGACAACGAAGGGAACGUAACAGCCGAGGCCAGCACAGGGGGGGUCAGCAUGGAAUCUGCUCUUUAUGUCAAAACUGCACAGCCUGCUCUCGAAGACCUCUCAGGAGAGGAUCCAGAAACUCGGCGGUUGCGAACUGUGAAGAACAUUGCUGAUCUUCGGCAGAACUUGGAGGAAACUAUGUCCAGUUUGCGGGGAACCCAGGUCACUCACAGCACCUUGGAAACGACGUUCGACACCAACAUCACCACCGAGAUCAGCGGCCGCAGCAUCCUCAGCCUGACGGGCAGGCCCACCCCCUUGUCGUGGAGACUGGGCCAGUCCAGCCCUCGCCUGCAGGCGGGCGACGCUCCGUCGCUGGGCAACGGCUACCCGCCGCGGGGCAACGCCAGCCGCUUCAUGGGCACCGAGCCCGGGCGCUACCUGUACGCCGCCCCCCUGCGCAGGCAGCUCGCCUCCCGCGGCACCAGCGUCUGCCACGUGGACAUCUCGGACAAGGGUGGCGAUGAGAUCGACCUGGAGGGCAUCGCCAUGGACGCCACCGGCUACAUGAGCGAUGGGGAUGUGCUGGGCAAGAACAUCAGAGCUGACGACAUCACGAGCGGGUACAUGACAGACGGCGGUCUGGGUCUCUACACUCGGAGGCUGACGCGGCUGCCGGACGGCAUGGCUGCCGUGAGGGAGACCAUGCAGCGGAACACCUCCCUGGGACUUGGAGAUGCUGACAGCUGGGAUGACAGCAGCUCCGUCAGCAGUGGGAUCAGUGACACGAUAGAUAAUCUCAGCACCGAUGACAUCAACACCAGCUCCUCGAUCAGCUCCUAUGCCAACACACCUGCCUCCUCCCGCAAAAACCUAGAUGCACAGACCGAUGCAGAAAAGCAUUCCCAGGUGGAGCGGAACUCCUUAUGGUCCGGCGAUGAAGUCAAGAAAUCAGACGGAGGAUCCGAUAGCGGCAUAAAAAUGGAGCCAGGAUCUAAGUGGAGGAGGAAUCCCUCUGAUGUGUCAGAUGAGUCUGAUAAAAGCACUUCUGGUAGGAAGAACACUGUUAUUUCACAGACGGGCUCCUGGAGACGGGGCAUGUCAGCUCAGGUUGGCAUUACCACACCAAGGACUAAACCUUCAACCACCUCAAGCACAUUAAAGACACCUGGAACAGGGAAAACUGAUGACGCCAAGGUAUCAGAAAAGGGUAGACUAUCUCCUAAGGCUGGACAUGUUAAACGUUCCCCAUCAGAUGCAGGACGCAGCAGUGGUGAUGAAUCCAAAAAGCUUCCCACAAGUAACUCUAGGACAACUGCUGCUAAUGCUAAUACAUUUGGAUUUAAGAAACAGAGCGGGUCAGCCGUGGGCAUGACUAUAAUCACUGCCAGUGGGGCAACUAUCACCAGUAGAUCGGCUACCCUGGGCAAAAUCCCAAAGUCAUCUGGACUCAUGGGUAGGACUGCUGGUCGGAAGACUAGCGUUGAUGGCUCACAGAACCAGGAUGAUGGCUACUUAGCACUUAGUGCCCGAACUAAUCUUCAGUAUCGUAGCUUACCCCGGCCCAGUAAAUCCAGUAGCAGAAGUGGAGCUGGGAAUAGAUCUAGCACAAGUAGCAUAGACUCCAACAUAAGCAGCAAGUCAGCCGGGUUGCCAGUCCCUAAAAUGAGAGAGCCUGCCAAGGUGAUCCUUGGGAACUCUCUGCCAGGAUUAGUCAAUCAGACUGAUAAAGAGAAAGGGAUUUCGUCUGACAACGAAAGCGUGGCCUCAUGUAAUUCUGUUAAAGUGAACCCUGCAACACAGACUGCUUCUAGUGGAGCUCAGAGUACCCACCAGCAAGGAGCCAAGUACCCCGAUGUGGCCUCUCCCACUUUGCGCAGACUUUUUGGUGGCAAGCCUAAUAAACAAGUUCCCAUCACAACACCUGAAAACAUGAAAAAUUCAGUAGUCCUCUCUAAUCCUCAUGCUACCAUGAACCAGCAGGGUAAUCUCGACUCCCCAUCUGGCAGUGGUAUGCUGAGCAGUGGGGGCAGCAGUCCUCUGUACAGUAAAAACACAGAUAUGAACCAGUCUCCACUAGCUUCUAGUCCCAGCUCAGCACAUUCAGCUCCCUCCAACAGCUUAACUUGGGGUACCAACGCAAGCAGCUCUUCUGCUGUUAGCAAGGAUGGCAUUGGAUAUCAGUCUGUCAGCAGUCUUCAUACCAGCUGUGAAUCCAUUGAUAUCUCUCUGAGCAGUGGAGGCGGGCUGAGCCACAACUCCUCCAGUGGCUUGAUUCCAGCCUCUAAAGAUGAUUCUCUGACUCCCUUUGUCCGAACCAACAGUGUUAAGACGACAUUGUCUGAAAGCCCUCUUUCUUCCCCUGCUGCUAGCCCCAAAUUCUGCCGCAAUACUUUGCCCAGGAGGCAGGACAGCGACCCACAUCUUGAUAGGAACACUUUGCCUAAGAAGGGACUCAGGUACGCUCCGUCCUCCCAGCUCCGGAACCAAGAAGAUGCAAAAGAAUGGCUGAGGUCUCACUCAGCAGGAGGACUUCAGGAUACUGCUGGCAAUUCCCCAUUUUCAUCUGGCUCCAGUAUAACAUCACCCUCUGGAACUAGAUUUAACUUCUCACAGCUCGCAAGUCCAACCACUGCAGCCCAGAUGAGCCUGUCAAAUCCAACCAUGCUGCGGACUCACAGCCUGUCCAACGCAGAUGGUCCCUACGACCCCUACAGCGACACGCGCUUCAGGAACAGCUCCAUGUCCCUGGACGAGAAGAGCAGGACCAUGAGCCGCUCCGGCUCCUUCCGUGAUGGCUUCGAGGAAGUGCAUGGUUCUUCCCUCUCUUUGGUGUCCAGUACCUCAUCUAUUUAUUCAACGCCUGAAGAGAAGUGCCAGUCAGAGAUCCGCAAGCUGCGAAGAGAGUUGGAUGCAUCCCAAGAAAAAGUGUCAGCUCUGACAACUCAGUUGACUGCCAAUGCUCACCUGGUGGCAGCGUUUGAGCAGAGCCUGGGGAACAUGACCAUCAGACUGCAGAGCCUGACAAUGACAGCAGAACAAAAGGACUCAGAACUGAACGAGUUAAGGAAGACAAUUGAACUCCUGAAGAAGCAAAAUGCUGCUGCCCAGGCUGCCAUCAAUGGAGUCAUCAACACACCUGAGCUCAACUGCAAAGGACCUGGAGCUCCUCAGCCCCCAGACCUGCGGAUCCGAAGGCAGCACUCUUCAGACAGUGUCUCCAGUAUUAACAGUGCCACCAGCCACUCCAGUGUGGGGAGCAACAUCGAGAGUGAUUCCAAGAAAAAGAAGAGGAAGAACUGGCUACGCAGCUCCUUCAAGCAAGCUUUUGGCAAAAAGAAAUCUCCCAAGUCAGCAUCUUCUCAUUCAGAUAUUGAGGAGAUGACUGAUUCUUCAUUGCCUUCUUCACCAAAGCUACCACACCAUAACUCCACUGUCUCAACACCAUUGCUGAGAGCUUCCCAUUCCAAUUCGCUGAUUUCUGAAUGCACUGACAGUGAAGCUGAAACGGUCAUGCAGCUACGCAACGAGCUGAGAGACAAGGAGAUGAAGCUGACUGAUAUCCGCCUGGAAGCCCUCAGCUCUGCCCAUCAGCUUGACCAGCUGCGGGAGGCCAUGAACAGAAUGCAGAGUGAGAUUGAGAAGUUGAAAGCAGAAAACGACCGGCUGAAAUCUGAAAACCACGGCAGCUGUAGCAGGGCUCAGUCUCAGGUUUCCAUUUCCUCCUCUCCAAGACAUUCAGUGGGUCUCUCUCAGCACAGCUUGAACCUCACGGAGUCAACCAGUCUGGAUAUGCUGUUGGAUGACACUGGAGAUGGCUCUGCCCGCAAAGAAGGAGGCAGACACGUCAAAAUAGUUGUCAGCUUUCAGGAUGAAAUGAAAUGGAAGGAGGAUUUGAGGCCUCGUGCCUUCCUCAUAGGCUGCAUUGGAGUCAGUGGCAAGACCAAGUGGGAUGUCCUGGACGGGGUUGUACGGCGGUUGUUCAAGGAGUACAUCAUCCAUGUGGAUCCUGUCAGCCAGCUGGGGCUGAACUCAGACAGCGUUCUGGGCUACAGCAUUGGAGAAAUCAAGCGCACUAACAGUGCAGAGACACCUGAGCUGCUGCCCUGUGGCUAUCUGGUUGGAGAAAACAACACUAUUUCAGUUACCAUCAAAGGUAUCUGUGAGAACAGUUUGGAUGGCCUGGUGUUUGAAUCACUGAUCCCAAAGCCUAUCCUCCAGCGUUACGUCUCUCUGCUGAUGGAACACAGACGGAUUAUCUUAUCUGGCCCCAGUGGCACUGGCAAAACCUACCUAGCCAACAGGCUCUCUGAGUACAUGGUCCUUAGAGAGGGCAGGGAGCUGGCUGAUGGCAUUAUUGCAACCUUCAACGUGGACCAUAAAUCCAGUAAGGAGCUCCGCCAGUACCUGUCCAACCUAGCAGACCAGUGCAACAGUGAAAAUAACGCUGUGGAUAUGCCUCUUGUCAUCAUUCUGGAUAACCUGCAUCAUGUUAGCUCCCUAGGAGAGAUCUUUAACGGACUUCUGAACUGCAAGUACCACAAAUGCCCAUACAUUAUUGGCACAAUGAACCAAGCCACCUCCUCAACACCUAACCUUCAACUCCACCACAAUUUCAGAUGGGUGCUAUGUGCUAACCACACUGAGCCAGUCAAAGGCUUUCUGGGCCGCUUCUUGAGAAGAAAACUGAUUGAAACAGAGAUCAGUGGCAGGAUGAGAAAUGCAGAGCUGGUUAAAAUUAUUGAUUGGAUUCCCAAGGUCUGGCAACAUCUGAACAAGUUCUUGGAGGCUCACAGCUCCUCUGAUGUUACUAUUGGUCCACGGCUCUUCCUCUCCUGUCCAAUAGAUGUAGAUGGUUCUAGAGUUUGGUUUACUGACUUGUGGAACUACUCCAUCAUCCCAUACCUUCUGGAGGCAGUCAGAGAAGGGCUACAGCUGUAUGGGAGGAGAGCACCCUGGGAGGAUCCUGCCAAAUGGGUAAUGGACACCUACCCCUGGGCAGCCUCCCCGCAGCACCAUGAGUGGCCUCCUCUGCUGCAGCUGCGGCCCGAGGACGUGGGCUUUGACGGCUACUCGAUGGCACGGGAAGGUUCCACCAGCAAACAAGUCCCAGUGAGUGAUGCUGAAGGAGAUCCUUUGAUGAACAUGCUCAUGAGACUGCAAGAAGCAGCCAACUACUCAAGUCCCCAGAGUUACGACAGUGACUCUAACAGCAACAGCCAUCACGAUGACAUCCUCGACUCGUCUCUGGAGUCGACGUUGUGAUCUUCCUCAGAUGGAAAUAGGUUGGUUCCAUUCUUACUCUCCCACUUGGCAAGAACUCUGAUCACUGACUUGUGAAAAGAACAUGUUCCUGGGCUGGGACCUCAGUAUUAGAGCUGCAAGAACAAGAAGACACUUGGAGUCAGUCUUGAGCCUGGGUGCAGGCAACCCAAGCAACCUUUGUAUUGUUUUUCUUUUGAGGAUGAUGAGAACUGCACUAUUCCUUUGUUUUCUUCUGUUUAGUUGCUGUAAACUCUCAUGCCUAAGAUACUGAAGAUGGUAAAAAUAAUCAUCAUUACUAAAAAUUGAAGGGGCAGGGGGGAACUUCACAGCUAUGAAGCAAACAGCUUUGUGCCAUGUACUGUCCUGAAGGAGAGGGGGAGAGGGUAUUUUUGCCUAUGCUGCUUCUGACCAAACACAUUUAGGUGAGGGCUGGACUUUUACCAAUCAGCUUUGCAGAUUAAACUCAGCUUCAUAUAGUUCUGGUGCUAUAACAAUACUGCUUGCCUUGGUAAGAAUACUCCAAACAAACAAACAAAAAGGCAAAGCUGCAAACCAGGGAAGUUUGAAUA